AUGCCGCUAUUUCAUGCUGUUGGUGUGACAUCUACCUCUCUAAGUUUCACAAUUGCGUACUGUUUUAUGUCUGCAGAGAAGACCGAGAAUUACAUCUGGGCUCUACAACAAUUAAGGCAGUUGUAUUCAGCUAGUAAUCUUCCAUCGGUAAUAGUCACAGAUGACGAUCAACAACUACAGAAUGCUGUAAAUCUAAUCUUUCCUGAAGCUACACGACUUUUAUGUACUUACCACAUCUCAUGUAACGUGUCUUCCCAUUUCGAGAAGGAUAUACCCAGCAGCAGAACGGAAGAUCUUGAAGAUAUUAAACAAGAUUGGGAAACUUUAUGGAGGUCUGCAGACCAUGCACUGUACGAGAUUAAUUUAGCUUACUUUCUCAAGGCUUGGAGCAUGCUAUAUCCCACCACACAUCUUUCUAUGGAUCCUGUACAUGAAAAGGAGGCAGCAGUUUUUGAUUGGGAAGAUUUGUUUGAGAAGAUAAGAACGAAAUAUGAAGCUUGCACAGAAUUACAGAAACAUUUCAUGUUAGAAAUGUUGAUAGAGAUUGCAGAUCCAAAUUUGAAUGAGCUACCAGAUUUGAACGAAGUGGAUGAACAAUAUGUUCUUCCCGGUAAAGUGAUGUUAAAAAGGAAGAAAGGGCAAUGUCAAAUUAAAGCACCUAAACAGCGAAGGAAGUACACGAAAACGACCAAGACCAACAGUCAAGAUAUGUCGUACGACGAUGAGUACUUGGGAAAACUGAUUCAAGGGAUUACGUUUCAUAAUCCAAAAAUUCUUUCUGAUGUUGUGGAGAGGUUGGAAAAUGUUACACCAGAUGGGCAUUGUGGGUUUCGAGCUUGUGCCGAAAUGUUGGGAUUGAGUGCUGAUGAUGGAUGGAAGACAGUACAGAUUGAGAUGGAGCGAGAACUGACAAUGAAUUCUGAGAUGUACAUACCAAUAAUUGGCGGAGUGGAAGAAUAUACAAAGAUACUUACAACUCUCCGUACAACAUGGUUACCAUUGAAUACCCCCCCUCCAGUAGAUUUCAAAGUUGUGACGAUUCUUAAUCUUGACAAUGAACAUUUUUUCAAAGCAAUAUUGAAACCUGGUGCUCCCCUUCCACCAGUUCUCAAUGGGUGGAAUUCUAUAUGCACCGAGGAGGCGCUACUUUGGACUCCACACAUGGAAAUGCUGCACCGGGGAUGGGAGAAUAUCGAGCAAAAACUGCUUGGACAAGGUGUACAGGUUAUAGAAGAGAUUGACCUUGAUGAACCAUGA